UGCAAAUAAGAGCGCGAUUGGCUUUCUCUUUGCAAGCCUGUUGUUUCUGGCUGCUCCCAGCCUUUAAGAUUAGGUUUCAUGGGAGUUUUUCAGGUUCAAGGACUGCUAAUGGGUUGUAACUGCCUGACAAUAAACUCAGCCUUAGAGUUCCAGUCCAAGGGCAGGACACGCGGAGGAAGAGGUGUAGAAUCUGGGGCGGGAGAGUGCACCGUACCACCUGCCUGCGGGACUGAGAUUUUUAUGUGGUUUGCAUUCCUGAACCGCAUGUAGGGGCUCCAGACAUGGUGGUGUUCAUCAAUGCGAAGAUUAAGUCUUUCAUUAAGCUUUUUAAGAAGAAAACUGUUUCCAACCUAGAUGAGGAGAGUCGCUGGACAGUCCACUACACAGCUCCAUGGCACCAGCAAGAGAACGUGUUCCUUCCCAGCACAAGACCGCCCUGUGUGGAGGACUUGCACCGCCAGGCCAAGCUCAACCUCAAGUCGGUGUUGAGGGACUGUGAUAAGCUGAGGCGCGACGGCUACCGGAGCUCACAGUACUACUCUCAGGGACCCACCUUCGCAGCCCAGCCAGGCCCACUCUGCAGUGAUGAGUACCAAGAUGAGGACCCCGACACAGACCGAAAGGUGAACAAAGUGUCCUUGUUGCUUCACCACAGACUUGGUGAUGUCAAGCGUGAUCUGGCUUCUGGAAGAAAGUGCAUGGUGUCGGCUUGCUUGAAAAUAACAUUGCUUUGCUUGUUCUACUACUCUACAUUAGGGGAGAAUUUUGAUCGCCAGGCCAGCCUUCGGCGGUCUGUAAUUUACACAGACACUCUGGUAAGACGACCGAAGAAAGUCAAAAGGAGAAAGACUAUUUCAGGAGUCCCUGACAACAUACAGAAGGAGCUAGCAUCCGGCCCUGGCCAGGAUGAGGCCGGCGGCUACUCCGCACUCGCCGCAGACGCCCCCUCCACGCGAGGAAGGCUGGACAGCUAUCACUGUGCCGGGCAGCGCUCGGAAACCAGGGACUCCAGCUGCCAGACGGAGGACGUGAGAGUCGUGCCGCCUUCCAUGAGAAGAAUCAGGGCCCACAGGGGGCUGGGUGUGGCCGCUCAGAUGAGCCCCUUCUCGGGCUCCUCCGGCAACAUGUCUGUGCUGAGCGACCCUGCGGGGCUCGCCUUCCCUGCCCGCCUGCACAGUGAGCCUGGCUUCCACAGCCUUCCGCGUUCGGGCGCCAGGGCCGGCGCUCACUCCCUGGGCAGCCUGGGCCCCGCGGAGGACGUGGAGGACCCUUUCUGCUACCAGCGGAGUAGCUCACAGGGAGAGUGCCACCUGGGGCACUUAGGCGGAGCCCCGAGGGCCGGAACGUUCCUGAGGCCCAGGUCCCAGGAGCUGAGGCACUGCGAGAGCGAGAGCGAGAGCGACCCCAGCCCGGCACGCGUGGUGUCGCCUCAUGCGGCCUUCUCCACCAGCAUCAUCCCCAACGCCACCCUCUCGUCCUCCUCGGACAUCAUCGUUCUUCACACCGCUCCGAGUGCGGGCCAGCUGGAUGGCAGAAUGACCAGCUCCUCCUCACCCUCACGGAUAAAACCCAGAGACCACCUCCUCUCCAGACACGGUGUGAGAGCUGACCAGCUGUCCCCUGGUCACCCUUGGAGCGAUGGCCACGCCUCUGUCUACUCCCAGACCUUCGAGUGCCAUUCCCCCAACGUCACCGCACUGCUGUCUGCCUGUGACUCAGAGGUCUCUCCCAAUGGGUCCCAGGUCAUGCAUCAUAACUGCAGGAAUACCCUGAGCUACCCAGCCCACCCCCAGGAUGUCGAUGGCAAGAGCGAGUCUAGCUCUUCCGGGAGUAGAGGGCAGGGCAGCAUGGAGCCCUGGGAGUUCAGGGCCUCCAGCAGCGGGCGGGCAUCCCCCUUGAAGCCCCACCUGGCUGCCCCUGGUUACUGCACUCCCACGAGUAACCAGAGCAGCUGCAGUUUGGACCAGACAUCCAUCAAAGAAGACUCAGGAUCCGUGUGUUCCGAGGACCACGCUGGCUGCUACAGGUCUACUCACACUGACUCCGGAUAUGGCUUUGGGAACCCCAGGCACAGCAUGGUCAAUGUUUUUGAUGGAAGAGCUCACAAAAGCCAAGGGGAUCAGUCAGGUUUCCAUGAUAAAUCCCUUUCCAGAAACUUCUCUUUGAAGAAAGCCAAGAAGCCUCCCCUUCCACCUUCUCGGACAGACUCCCUCCGCAGGAUUCCCAAGAAGAGCAGCCAGUCCAAUGGGCAGGUUCUCAACGAGAGCCUGAUCGCCACACUCCAGCAGUCGCUGCAGCUUAGCCUCCCGGGCAAGGGUGGCAGCUCAGCCUCCCAGAGUCCCUGCAGUGACUUUGAGGAGCCCUGGCUGACCCGCUCCCGGAGCCAGAGCACAGUCAGCGCUGGCAGUAGCAUGACCUCCGCCACCACCCCCAAUGUGUACUCCCUGUGCGGGGUCACACCAUCACAGAGUGACACAAGCAGUGUCAGGUCAGAGUAUGCGGACCCUUGGGCUUACUACAUUGACUACACAGGCGUGCAGGAAGAGCCCGGGAACCCCGUGGGAUGCUGCUCAGCCAGUGGUGGAGCCCCAAAUGGGAAUGGGCCAAUCCGCCACAGCCAAGAGGCGUCCAGGGCCACAAUCCCCCAAGUGCCUGGUGGCUGCGCCAAACCAAAGGUCACUUCACCAGAGAAGUCCCAGAGAGUCACUUCUCCAUCCAGUGGGUAUUCCAGCCAGUCAAAUACCCCCACCACACUCACCCCUGUGCCUGUGUUUUUAAAAUCAAUGUCACCAGCCAAUGGAAAGGGGAAGGCCAAGCCCAAGGUGCCAGAGAGGAAGUCCUCACUGAUCUCCUCAGUGUCCAUGUCCUCCUCCUCCACAUCUUUGUCCUCUAAUACAUCCACUGAAGGUGGUGGCACCGUGAAGAAGCUGGAAGCAGUCCCAGCCUUACCCCUCACCCCUCCGCCCCCUCCACCUCUGCCCCCCCCAGGUGCCCAGGACAAGUCUCCCCUUCUUCUCCCGCUGCCCCCAGCAGCAGAUGGCCCUGAGGGCUCCCCUCUGCCCCACUCCCCUGUGUUCCCCCCUCCACCCCCAGAAGUACUCACGCUCCUCUGCUCUCCACCUGAUGGGUGCCUCCCCCUACCUCCCACAGCACUGAGCCCCUUUAUUCCGGCUUCCUCUCCAGCACCCCCACCUUUCCCACCCUCGUUGGAGCCCCCACCUGCUCCCCCCCUGGACCCCAAAUUCAUGAAAGACACCAGGCCUUCUUUCAGAAACUCUGGACAGCCUGAAUCCUCCCGGGAGGCCUUGAGGCCACCUUCAAAAAAGGAGGACAGUGGUAGGCGCCCCCUGCCCCUGAUCACCACCGAAGCUCUGCAGAUGGUACAGUUGAGGCCUGUGAGAAAGGACUCGGGGGCCGAAGUGGCACCAUUGCCUGAACGAGCAGCUCAGGAACAACGAACUCCGGCUGCUCCACAAUAUCACUUGAAGCCAUCUGCUCUCCUGAAAUCCCGAAAUAGCAUAAAUGAAAUGGAGAGUGAAAGCCAGCCUGCCUCUGCGACUAGCUCGCUUCCAACGCCUGCCAAGAGCCCCAGUCAGGGUGACCGUGACAGUGCAGCCGAGCGUGGUGGCCCUGCAAGCCACAGCCAUGGAGCGCCACAUCCCGGGCCAGCCACUGGGGAGGCAGAGUCUGGGUAUGGCCCUCAGAGCACCCCACUCCCAGAUGCUUCACCCAGCAGGAAGCCGCCCCCCAUCUCCAAGAAGCCCAAACUGUUCCUGGUGGUGCCACCUCCGCAGAGAGAUUUCACCACGGAGAAUGUGAGUGAAGCCUUCCAAGCUGUGUCCAGCCCCGCCAGGGCAGAGGAGGGCUCUGUGCAUGGCACAGAGGCAAGAAAGAGCUCUGUGGCUCGAGCUGGCGCUCAUGCUGCGGGCCCCGGCAGCUCCGUGCUGGAGGGAGGAGCUGCAGGGUUCGAGUCUCCCAGUAGAGUGGAAACCGAUGCCCCCAUGGUACAGCCCCAUGUCUCUCUGGCCCCCACGCAAGAAGAGCCAGUGGGGGACAGCAGGGAUGAUGGAGACAGCGGGGGUGACGCAGCGAGCUGCCCUUCUCAACAUGAUGGAGAAGCUGGGGUGCAGGAGGCGCACACAGCCGAGCCAUCCUCAGAAGCUGGUGACUUCCACAAGGAUGACAGUGAGGAGGUGACAACCCCCACGAGACCGAGGACCACUGAAGACCUUUUUGCAGCUAUUCACAGAUCCAAGAGGAAAGUCCUGGGCCGAAAAGACUCCGAGGAUGACCCUUCGCGAAACCACUCUCCCUCCCCGCCGGUGACCCCCACGGGCACCACGCCCAGCCUGGCCUCCCCCAAGCAAGUGGGCUCCAUCCAGAGGAGCGUGCGCAAGAGCAGCACCAGCAGCGACAACUUCAAAGCCCUGCUGCUCAGGAAGGGCAGCCGCUCGGACACCAGCGCCCGCAUGUCGGCCGCCGAGAUGCUCAGGCACACGGACCCGCGCUUCCAGAGGUCCAGGUCGGAGCCCGCGCCCGACGCCCCCGAGAGCCCGUCCAGCUGUUCGCCCAGCAAGAGCCGCAGGGCGCAGGAGGAGUGGGCGCGGAGCGAGGGCCCCAUGCCGCGCAGCCUGUCCUUCUCCGGGCCCCGCUACGGCCGCAGCCGGACGCCGCCCUCGGCGGCCAGCAGCCGCUACAGCGUGCGGAACCGCAUCCAGAGCAGCCCGAUGACCGUCAUCUCCGAGGGCGAGGGCGAGGCCGUGGAGCCCGCGGACCCCAGGGCGCGCCGCGCCAAGCCGGGCCCGCAGGACUGGGGCGAGCAGGGCUGCGAGGCCCCCGACGCCUUCUUGCCGCCUCGGACUCCUGGGCCUGCAGAUGCGGGCGAGGACCCUGCAGAGCCCCUUGGGGACGCAGCGCAGGAGCAGGACUAGGGCCUGAGCCGGACUCCGGAGACAUGCGGGGCUGCUGCGCCCUUGAAGCUGGAGCCCAGGGCGUCCUGACCCCGCGCACCGUGGGCACCUGCGCUGCGGGCGUCUGGGACUCAGCGGCCCCUGGCAUGCGGCUUGAAAGCGAGUUAGCAGCGUCAACUUCUGAAAGUGCUUCCUGGGGAAGAUCUUUUUCCUUGCAGAAAUGCUAGGUGUGAGUGUCUGUGUGGAUUUUGAACACUUUGACGGAUGCACCCAGACAGUGUGUACAGAAAUAGCGUGGCGCUAGGCCGUGGAGGUGGUUAUUAGGGAAAUAAAAUUGGAGGGCUCCCCAAGAGGGGAACUCGUGAGGGAGGCGGGCAGUGCCAGGCCUCUUCAGUGAGACAGGCCAAAUGCAGGGAGCAGCUAGGGAAGGGCGGAGUGAUUCAUGGGUGCAGGUACUUUUUUCUGGGGAAAAAAGGCUUUGUUUCUGUUUUGUAAAAGUGCAGAACUCGAAAGUGGCGACGCUGCAACUCGGUGCCUGCUGCUGUGCAGCCUCGGACGCGCCUCUGUCAGCCUGCUGUCUCCCAAGGCGUGGGCCGUUUUGAGUGGCCCCUCCUGGGCAGCCCUGCGCCCUGCCUGGGAGCCGGCCUCGAGGUACGGAGUGGGGCCAACAGGCAGGACAGUGCGGUACACUGCUGGGAUCAGUUUCCUGCUUAGUAAAUAAAAUUAUUUCUCAGAAAUUUGAAAAAUUGCACUACAACACUGUGGGCAAAGCUUUUCCAAGAGUCUUUCUUCCUUUUUUUUUUUUUUUUUUAGUGAGUUUAAAUUUCCAUUUGGCAAUUUCUUACCACUUGCAUUGUCAACAUUUGCUAACUUUUGGACACCCUUUCGGUCACACCAAAGAAAAAACUAUGGCCAUGUUUUUCCCUGAACUGCCUGCAGUAUCGUGGCCUAAUUCAGAAAGGUUUACCCAAAUCUAUUAUUUUUCUCUUACUUGGAAGAACAUGAUGAAUAGCUCUUGUUAGUCAAAUAAACUGAUAAAACAUUUGUAGGGCUUGGCUAUUAAUUGGCCCUGGGAAAUGAGUUUUUAGAUUAAAAAGAUUUUUGUUUUGCAGUA